AGUGUCCACAUCAUUAGAUAAAGCACUUCACCAUUGUGCUCACUGCAAGUUGCUCCUCAGCCUUGCUGCAGUGCAUUUGCCCUCUCGAGUCUUCCAUGGAGUGCACGGUGCAUUUGGCCUCGAGCGUCUUCCAUGGAGUGCAAGGCACCAAAGACGAGGCUGUGAUGUUUCUCCUCCAAGUUUCCACCUUCCUCAUCGUCCUCCACCUCGUCUCCUUCCUCCUCACCAAGCUGUUCACGUUUCUCCUUGACAGAGCAACCACGUAUGAAGAACAAAGAGACUCCCUUCUCAUCACCGAAGACGAGAUCAAGCACGUAACCCACGAGAUCUGCUCCGAGGAUGGAGAGCUAGCUGCCGGUAUCUUUGGCAGAGAAGGCCUACCGUUAUUCUACCAUGAAAGCGUCGUCAAUGAUACUCUACUUGUCCAUGAAGCAAAGGAUUUCAAUCAGCAACAUCUUUUGGAGGUUGACGAAAGCUUUGUCGCAGAAUUCCCAUACGGUUCCCCACCUUUUAAUAAUGAGAAGCUCGGAAUCGAUCAGUACGGCGAUGCUCCAGUGACCGACGUCAUAAGAUCAUCAGAUUCUCCAUCUCCGAUCGUGUGCGAGCUUGUAGAAGAUGAAGACAUCGGCGGCGACGCAUGCCACGGUAAUGUAUUGGAGGACGCAGAGGAGGAGGCUGAGGUGUUAUCAAAGAAUGAGACUCUCUUCGUCAUCGGCCAAACACAUUCCGACUGCAACAAGUUUCGGCUGGAAGAAGACGAGGGAACAUUUGAUGGUUCUCUCGCAGGUGAAUCGACAUCCAAUGGCUUUACGAAAUGGAGAAGCUCUGCAAUCAACAGGGCUUCCGAGACAGAAUGCCUCCUCUCCUCUUCAUCACGCAGGAGCUCUUCCAACUGGGAAACACUUGAGUUGUUCCAAAAGUACGAUGAGGAGAUGACGUUCUUGGACAGAAUCAGCUCACAGAAGCUCGCAGAAACAGAGCUCAUACGUCCGUUCUCAGAAUCAUUUAGGUCCAUAAGGUUCCAACCAAGAUCAAUCUCGGAAAGGAUUGCCCGCAAAUUUACGAUACAGAAGAAGAAGGGAGGCAACAGAGAUCCAUAUCAAGAACUGGAGAUUGCUUACGUGGCUCAAAUUAGCCUCGCAUGGGAAGCACUCAACUGGAAUUACGUCUGCUUCCAGCAGAGGAAAGCCAACGGCGACGGUGAGCGCUUCUACUGCACCGCACGAAUAGCUCAGCGGUUCCAACAGUUUCAGGUCCUCUUGCAGCGGUUCAUCGAGAACGAGCCAUACCAGCGCGGUCGGCGGCCUCAAGUCUUUGCUCGGACGAGGAUUUCUUCCCCCAAAUUGCUCCAAGUUCCCGAGUUCCAAGAAGCCGAUGAAGAUGGAGAAAACAUAAUUUCACCUACCGAAUUCUCGUCCAUUUUAGAAGAUGCGAUCCGAACCUUCAUGAACUUCCUCAAGGCAGACAAGAAGAACCCUCGCCAAAUCCUCAAAUCAUUCGUCAAGACAACCUCAAGCUCUGUAGAUCCAGAAGUUCUUCGUUCACUGAAAAGAACCAAUCAGAAAAUGAAGAUGGGGCUCAAAGGCCUGUUGAGGCGAAGGAGAUGUUGGAACAAGAAGUGGGUACAGGGGGAGGAAGAGGAGAUGGACAUACUGAUGGGAUUAAUAGACAUGAAGAUUGUGUCCAGAACGCUGAGGAUGAGUGAGAUCAGCCAAGAACAGCUGCAGUGGUGUGAGGAGAAGAUGACCAAAGUAGGAGUAUUGGAAUGGAAAAGUUCAAAGAGAGUCCUCCCCGCUACCUUUUUCCCUCUUAACUGAUCCCAAUCUUAAUGUCGUCGGGUCUGCUUUGCUUCAGCCUGCCUGACGAAAGGAUCCACCUCUUGUAUGUGUAUAUGUCGAUGUAUGUGGUUGUAAGUUCAAGAUCACAGAUGUUGAUGGACGGUAGCCAUCUGUUCCAUGACUGAUGGACGG